UGACAGAGAUGAGCAUCAGACUGCUGGACCCCAGACAAGGAUCUCCUUGGUGGUUGGGUGAUUAGGGCAACUAGGGAGAGACCUACAAGGUAGGGUGGAAGGAGGGAGGGCUCAUCCAGCCUCUUUUUUAAGUGUGUAGUGUGUGUGGGGGGUGCAGUUUGAGGGUAUCUACUCAGCUAAAGGAGCCUAAGCCUGGCAUGGAGGCCCCUUUCUCUUUGCUCACUAGCCUGAAGCAGCCAGCUCUCCAGCAGAGCACCUAGGUGGACCCCACACCCCUCCUUGCAGGACUGAGAGUAGGGCCAAGGCUUGCCCUUGUCAGAGGAGAGCACAGGCACACUGCUCAGAGAGGAAACAGGGCAGCGCAGGAGCCGGGCUGUGGAGCAGGCAGCGCCGGACGCCAACCCCACGCGCGCCUCCCGGGGCAAGUGGCAGCAGGGUCAGCGGGCGAAAGCUCUGAGCUGCUCGGCUUGGUGCGAUCUCUUCAGCCCAGCCCUUGGAAGCCCCUCCCAGGGACAUGGUAGAGGCCUAACCUGCAGCUUUCCGCUGGCUCCGCCCAUCCGGCUCAUGGACUGCCUGAGACCGGCUCUGUCAUCUCCACCUUCCAGAGCUAGGAAAACUGAAGCCCGAAUGCCCUGGCAGAGUGCUGGAUCGGGACUCGAACCCAGGUCUUUGAACCCCAGAACGGUGCUCUUCCUGGCUCCUGACCUCCGUGGCUUCGCUUCUCGUUGCCUGCAGAAAAACGCGGAGGCCGCGAUGGCGGCGGACGUCCAGGGGGACGUGUACGUGCUGGUGGAGCACCCCUUCGAGUACACGGGCAAGGAUGGGCGCCGUGUCGCCAUCCAGCCCAACGAGCGCUACCGGCUGCUGCGACGCAGCACCGAGCACUGGUGGCACGUGCGGCGCGAGCCUGGGGGUCGCCCCUUCUACUUGCCCGCGCAGUAUGUGCGCGAGCUGCCCGCGCUGGGCGACCCUGCCCCAGCCCCGCUGCCUCCGGUGCCCCAGCCGCGCCCCGCGGUCCCGGAGCCUCUGACCUACGACUACCGCUUCGUGAGCGCUCCGGCGCCCGCGGGCCCCGACGGUGCGGCUGCGGAGCCCCGAGGCCGCGCCAGCUCCCUGUGUGGCCCAGCGCUGCACCGCUCUUUGGGCCAGCGCCGUAGCCUGGCGCCGGGCGGAUGCCUGUACGUGCGGCCCGCAGCGCUGGUGCGGCCGGCGCAGUCCCUGGACGACCUGGCGCGGGCCGCCGCAGCGCCCCCUGCCGGCCUCCUCGGGAGUGCGGGCCACUUCAAGGCCCGCAGCGUGGCGGGCUCCUGGGUGUGCCCGCGACCCCUGUCGCGCAGCGACUCCGAGAACGUCUACGAGGCCAUCCUGGACGUGCGCUGCCCGCCGCGGGAGAAGAGCCCAAAGCAGCAGGUAGAGGAUCCGGAGCCUGUCUACGCGAACAUAGAGAGGCAGCCUCGGGCCCCGUCGCCGGGCUCUACUGCAACCCCUGGCCUCAGCCCGGUGUGGGAGACACACACCGACGUGGGCACCGGGCGCCCCUACUACUACAAUCCCAGCACGGGUGUGACCACCUGGGAGUCGCCCUUCGAGGCAGCUGAGGGUGCCACCAGCCCGGCCACUUCCCGGGCCUCUGUGGACAGCGGGGAGAGCCUUGAUACAGAGUGGGGACAGUACUGGGAUGAGGAGAGCCGCAGGGUCUUCUUCUACAACCCUCUGACAGGCGAGACAGCUUGGGAGGACGAGUCGGAGGAGCCAGAGCACCAGGACGAGCUGGAGAUGCAACCCAGCCUGAGCCCAGGCAGCCCCAGGCAGAGGCCCCCAACUCCUGAAACAGACUACCCUGAACUGCUGACCAGUUACCCAGAAGAGGACUAUUCCCCUGUGGGUUCCUUCAAUGAUCCCGGCCCCACCUCUCCCUUGGAGACACCCCCUGGCUGGUCCUGUGAGAUUGGCCCAGACAAGCAAAUAUUCUACACCAACCAGUUCACUCAGGAGCAAUGGGUGAGGUCAGAGGACCAGCAUGGGAAGCCAUACUUCUACAAGCCAGAGGACUCCUCUGUUCGGUGGGAGUUGCCCCAGGUCCCGAUCCCUGCCCCUCGAAGUAUUCGGAAAUCCAGCCAGGACAGUGACACUCCAGCCCAGGCUAGCCCUCCAGAGGAGAGGAUCAAGACCCUGGACAAGGCAGGAGUGCUCCAUCGCACCAAGACAGUGGACAAGGGGAAGAGGCUUCGGAAGAAGCACUGGAGUGCCUCCUGGACUGUGCUGGAGGGGGGUGUCCUGACCUUCUUCAAGGACUCAAAGACCUCAGCUGCAGGCGGCCUGAGGCACCCUUCCAAGUUCUCCAUCCCUGAGUACACAGUAGAAUUGAAGGGGGCCUCUCUCUCUUGGGCUCCCAAAGACAAAUCUAGCAAGAAGAAUGUGCUAGAGCUUCGAAGCCGAGAUGGCUCAGAGUACCUGAUCCAGCAUGACUCAGAAGCCAUCAUCAACAACUGGCACAAGGCCAUUGCCGAAGGCAUCCAGGAGCUGGCUGCAGAUACACUCCCCAGGGAGGAAAGUGAGCCCAGCAGCACUGAUUUCGGGUCCAGUGAGCGCCUGGGAAGCUGGCGGGAGGAGGAUGCUCGCCAGAAUUCAGCCUCACCAGCGCUGAGCCCCGGAGGUCUGGAGACCGACUUGAGCAGGGUCCGGCACAGACUCCGCAAGUUCUUACAGAGGCGGCCCACGCUGCAGUCCCUGCGGGAGAAGGGCUACAUCAAAGACCAGGUGUUUGGUUGCGGGCUGGCUGAGCUGUGUGAGCGCGAAAGGAGCCCGGUGCCACGCUUCGUGCAGCAGUGCAUCCGCACCGUUGAGGCCAGGGGUACGUUCCUCGACGGGCUGUACCGCAUCAGUGGAAACCUGGCCACCAUCCAGAAGCUGCGCUAUAAGGCGGAUCAUGAUGAGCGUCUGGAUCUGGACGAUGGGCGCUGGGAGGACGUCCACGUGAUCACCGGCGCCCUGAAGCUCUUCUUCCGAGAGCUGCCGGAACCCCUCUUCCCCUUCUCCCACUUCCGCAUGUUCAUCGCAGCCAUCAAGAUGCAGGACCAGGCCGAGCGAAGCCGCUGUGUGCGAGAACUGGUGCGCAAGCUGCCAGCCCCCAACCACGACACGCUCCGGCUGCUCAUCCAGCACCUGUGCAGGGUAAUCGAGCAUGGCGAGCAGAACCGCAUGUCAGUGCAGAGCGUGGCCAUAGUAUUCGGGCCCACACUGCUGCGACCCGAGACGGAGGAGACCAGCAUGCCCAUGAACAUGGUGUUCCAGAACCAGGUGGUGGAGCUCAUCCUGCAGCAGUGUGCAGACAUCUUCCCGCCGCACUGACCGUGGGCCUUGGGCAGCUGGCGACCACGAGGCUGGACCUCCCUGAGACCCUCCGCUCCCACCCCGCGGCAGGCACUUGUGACUUUUGCGCCCCUCCAUUUGGAGGGUACGAUGACCCCUAGUGGGCAGCUUAUGAAAUGUGAUUUCUCCCUGCUGGGUCCCCUUUAGGGGUUCAUUGGGCCUUUUCUUGAUUACAGCGCCGCCUACUGUGAGGAUGAGCGAAUGUGGGGGUGAGCGUUUGUUUUCUAGGGCCACUGCUGGGAGGGGGAAUUUGGUGAGGGUUUCCUGGCUUCAUCAGCCCUGUACCUGGCCAGGCCUUCCUGGAGUCCCUAUAGGCCCCGUGCUGUGCAGGAGUUCCUGUUCCGAUCAUGAAGCAGCUGCCACUGUCUCUUCUCCCGAGGCAGGUCUAACCCCUGGCUGCCAGCCCAAGCCAUUGACCCUGUGUUGUUCCGCUUCACACUCCUGUGCUGCCCUGUUGCAGGCUACCUGAGGGCUUUUCAUGUGCUUUUCUCCCUCUCUGGUCCAUACCUGUUCUGUGCAAGGUUUCUUCAUGUCCACUACGUGCUUACCCUGCACUUGCUAUUUGACCUGCACUUUCUACACAUGCUCUCAUUUUAAGAGGGAACUGGGGCUUGCAGGGGUUGAAGACUUAAAGAUACCCUAAGUGAUCUGAUUCCCUGCAAAGGCUCCUCCUAUAGCAAGCCCAGCCUCUACCGAAGAGGAUGAUUCCCCACCUUACCCCAGCAUAGCCUGUGGACAGAGCAGAGCACCAAGCCUGAGUAUCCUGCCUGGGCUUGGGGAAGUGAGGAAAGGCGUCAGGGAACCUAUCACAGCUGUUCUGGGAGAAGAGAAAUAACAUGAAUAGGAGGGUGCCUACCUGGUGCCUGCUCACCAUACGAAGAGCUGGGAGAGGCCUUUGGGAUGAGGGGAGGACACAGCCUCCUACAAGGAGGGCUGAACAUAGGUCAGCCGCCCCGCCCCUCCUCAUGCACACACCACCUCAGUUUAUGGAUCUGAGCCCCCAGCCCCAUCCACAUUCGGUGAUUCAACAAACAAUAAUAGUUAAUAUUUAUUGAGCAUUCAUACUCUGCCAGCCUUUCAUUUGGAUUACCCCAUUAGUUCCUUGCAGUCAGUAUUUAUUGUGUGUUCUCAUGUGCCAGGCACUGUGCUCUGAGGCACAGAUUCUGUACAUACUAUCAGCCUUGCAGCUCAGGGCCAAAGUGGGUAAGGCUGGACACAAGCCCAGCCCUGAUGCCAGGGGGGCCGAGAGGAGAAUGAGUAGAAACCUCUUGCCAUACCCCUAUGUAUUUAAAAGUCUUAAAUCAAGCUAACAACUCUUAAAUAAAAUAUGUUCUAUUCUCCUA